AUGAGAAACUUCAUCGCGGGCAACCUCAGGCAGUGUAGACUGUUCACCAAAACAUGGAAGGGCGGAGUCCACGGGAGGGGGAACCUACCCACUCGCGGAUUAUCCACAAACCGCGGACUCUCCACCACUCGCGGGGAGGAAAAAUAUGGGCAUCGACUGGUGAGCUGCGAAGAGGGGGGAUCCACCCCAAACGAGAAGCAAAAUCAGGGAGGCAACUUGAGAGCAAAUGAAAAUACCUCACACAACGAUGGGCACAGCACAGCUCACUACGACUCGCGCAACGAUCAUCCUGAUGCCACUUCCACGUCCGACUUCAUACACGUACGAAAGCAGAGAGACUUCCUGCAAAAAAUUGACGAGGAUGACUGCGCCCAGCAGGAACAUAGCACCGUCAGAAUAUUCAAGCAAAGGGACGCAGAAGCAGACUCGGACUUUCUCCCGUGCAAUGAUAAAUACAACAAGCUUGUCACAAGGUACAACGAGCAAAAGGGACUAGCAAAGGGGGGGUCCAAGACAAAGAAGAGUUUGCGAUUUGGGCAAAAUGCUCUACCUCUGCAGGAUGAAGAAAAGAGUCUGUGGGAAAUUCUGAAGGAGAAGGAGGAUUACUUAAGGAACAAAAAAAAAUUGAAGAAUUAUCAGAAGGAACUGGAUCACAAAAUGAGUAGGGAAUAUCAGAAGGUUAAAAAAGAGGAGCAGUAUAUGCACUCUACGACGGGUGGUGAAAGUACCGGAGUGCGUAAUAGGGGCGGCCGUAGAGGUCCUCUUUUCGACGCAGGUUCCCCUCCCCAUGAUGACAUCGACCGGUUCUUGUCAGGCGACGAGGCCUACACAAAUGAAAUAAAGUCGUAUGACGAAAUUUACACCGAGUCAGCCCUGCACGGGGGAGAAGCGAAACGGAGGGGCGCAACUGGAAAGGAGGGCAAAGAGGGCAAAGAGGACUUAGAGGGCGAAGAGGACUUAGAGAACCACAGCAUUGGGGCCCAAGAAGACGAAGCGGUUCAGCAGGACACGAACGAGCUGAAUAUAAACAAAAUGAUACAUGAGGAUCUGACGCAGAGCACCCUUUCGUGUGACAUGAACGCGCGCUACGCUGAACUGAGGAGGAAAAAAGUGGUGAGCGAAUUUCUGGUGGACGACUUGGACGCCAAGGGGGAGGCCAACUCCGCGGCUUCUGGGAGGGACUCCCUUUUCGUGAACGAGGUGGAAGACAUCACGGCGAGGAGGUGCAUUGGGGAGAUAGCGAGUGGGGGUGGCUACCAACUGGGGAAGGACCGCCAGAAGGAAGACCCAUGCACAGCUACACACAACAACCAAGUGGGGACGCAACGCCCCCCCAGCGAGUGCACCAUCGAGGUGACCCCUGCACAGGAUGUGGAACGGCUAAGCGGGCAAAGCCUCAGUACCAUCAUCGACGGAAAUAUAGACAACCUCAUAAUUCAGAGGGAAAUCAAAAAGGAGAAAACAGCCAUGGGGAUAAUGGCCGUGUUGUAUAACAACCUCCACAGCUGUGACAACAUAAAUCUCAGCAGCGCUAUUAUGAAAAUAUCAAAAGUGAUGGAUUCCUACCAAAAGGAGAGUGUCACGAAAAACUACAUGUAUCUUAAUGUGUUGAAAAGGAUAAAUGAAAAGUUGAGCAGCUUCGAAAUGUCCAACUUGGUGCAGAUAUUUUAUGCCUUCGUAAAGAUGGAACAAUUCCCCUACUUUUUCAACGACGUAAUAAAUUACAUGAGUGUGAAAUUGAAGGAAGCUGAACCAAAACACGUAUGUAGCAUUUUGUACACUCUGAGUAAUAUCCUAGUGGAGACAAACGAGAGUCGCAUCUUCAAAAUGAAAGUCAUCGAUAUGGUUAAGUCGGAUAUGUUAACGAAAUCGACAAAUCUCCAUCUCAACGAUGUAAUAUCUUUACUGACUUCUCUGUCCAAAUUGAAGUACAAAGAAGUGAACACUUACUACGAGUUGUCAAAGCGGAUUGAGGAAAAUGUGGAUCAGCUGAACAUGAAAAAUGUCAGCAAUAUUUUAUGGGCAUUUAGUCAUAUCAAUUAUACAUCCAAGUUGGUGAAGAAGUUAAAAAAAAUCGUAGAGAAAGACAUACACAAAGCAGAUCAUCUUGAUUUAGUAAACAUAGUUUAUUCUCUAACCAAGUUAAACGAAUAUGAUGAGUACCUCUAUAUGGAUAUUUUUUACAAUGCAAUUAAUGUGUAUUUACACCACAUGAGUGUGAAAAAUUUGUGCAUCCUUUUGUGGUCAUAUACCUAUGUAAAUGCACACAAACCAGAUCUGUACAUUAACAUACUUACAAAGCUGAAUGAAAAUGUGAAACAAAUCAGCACAAAGGAUAUAGUUUCCAUUUUGACAUGCCUCAGUAGAAUACAGUUCAGUUAUAAAUACAAGCAUCUCUUUUCUUUUUUAAAAAAUAAAGUUGUAAAAAAUCUGUAUGCCUUUACUCCUUUACAGAUCACUAAUGUGAUGUACCAUUCGUCCUUCCUCGAAAUAUAUGACCAUAAAUUUUACUACCUCCUCGUUCAGCAAAUCUAUCAAAUUCGGCAUCUACUUUACUUAGAAAAUUUAACUCUCAUUCUUUAUGCUCUCAAGAAUGUCUGUUACUUGAAUGUCCACCAUGUGGAUGUCUUCAAAUUAAUUACACACAUCCUUCAGAAUGUCAAGCGGAAAUAUAAGUUGCUCUGUGGAGAGGAUUGCAUCAAUAUCAUGCUGAUUAUUAACGAUUUGGCUAAAUAUGCCCAGCAGGGGUAUCUCGUCUGUGCCUCUCCCCCAGUGGGGAGUACAGACAGAGAGGUACCAUCACCAAUGGUUGGUCCCUCCUUUUUGAUUCCACCCCAUGGAGGAACUUCCUCACCAAAAAGCUACAUUGACAUAUUUGAUGAGAAUGUAAAUCUCACCGAGUUGCCUCCCUCCCUUAUGAGCAAUAACGAGGAAGAAGUAUACCUUCCACAUAUUAGCGACCUUCUGUAUGAACAAAUAAAAUUACGCCUGCACAACUUUUGGCAGCUAAGCAUUAAAGACGUUAACAAUUUGUUAAUAAUCAUGAGGGAUAAACACAUGCAUGAUGAUGUCAUUUUAAAUAUGAUCAUGCGACAAAUUAUUCCCAUUUUGUCGAAAAGCACCAAUAUGGAGUUUUUAAUUUUUUUAAGUAACAUUACGGCUAGUAGAUACAUGAAGUUUGUUGCUCUCACACACAUGUCCAGGAGGCCCAAGCUCAUUGCUCUCUUCAAAAAAAAAAUCAACUCCAUAACGAGUGGUAUACUGAAUAGCUACCAAUGGGAAGAGGAGGCAGACUCGUAUGGUUCUCCCCUGAACGGGGCAGACUCGUAUGGUUCUCCCCUGAACGGGGCAAACUCGUAUGGUCCUCCCCUGAACGGGGCAGACUCGUAUGGUUCUCCGCUGAACGGGGCAGACUCGUUUGGUUCUCCCCUGAACGGGGCAGACGCUAGUGACCCCCUUAACCAGCGCACCUUACUUACCAUGCGGGGCGAAGCACUCGGUGGGGAUAGUAUACCCAGUUUGGGAGAUGACCCAAUUGUACAAGCGAGGGAAAGCGUAAAAUGUAAUGCGCUCCAAGCGAGGGGAAACAUAAAUGGUAUUGUGCACCAAUCGGGGGAAAACACAAAUGGUAGUGCGCUCCAAGCGGGGGAAGCCCCAAACGGAGUCGCGUCAAAAAUGGAAAGCACACCAACAGGCUACAUUUCGCGUAGCCCCAGCACGGUGGUCGACCUCAACAGCUGCAUUGCCCUCUGCUACGCAUGCUUCAACAUACACUACGAGGAUGACAACAUACUCAAGUUAUACGACCUACUGGAGCAUAUGAUUGUGCAGGAGAAAAGACCCAUCUCAUCCUUCAUGCUAAUAAAUUUCGUCUACAUUUUGGCGCUCACAAAUAAUAAAAUGGCUCUGGUACGUAAGCUCUCGCAGGAAUAUAUGCACCACAGAUACGCAAGUGAUUUGGAGAAGAGCCCCAAAGAAAGGGAAUCACUGCAGAGCCCUUUAACCAUAUGUCGAGAUGAACAGGACGGAUGUGACCCCUCAUCGAUGAACCAAUCUUUGAGGACCUCCCAACAUCACAACACAAAAACAUCCUUUAAUUUGUUUUACGAAGAAAAUGACAAAUUACGCACCUACCUCCAGAAGGGGGACGAAGAGGCAUGCUUACUACUGUUAAAAUUGGCCUAUAUCAACACUCUGAUAAAUAAGUACCAUUACUUGUACCAUCUGUUGAGUGAAAUUUCCAGCUACUCUGAUCAGAUCUACACACAUGAAUUUAUUAUGCUCGCCAAACAAGUCUGCUACCACGUUUACAAUUUUGUGGAUUUCUUCUCUAGAGAUAAGGAGGCCAAAUAUCUCUGGAAUAAGGUGGCACCAAAUGUAUACAUAAAUGAGAACCACAUCUACCUCGACUUGGAUUAUGAGCCCUCGGCUGUCAACAUGCGGAUAACUGCUGUAGAAAGGGACAUGAAUAUUUCUACACACAGGAUGGAGAACACAGCACAGGUCAGUGAACCACAGCAAAACCGAAAAAUAGCCAAAUCUUUUGACAACAAUUUGAACAUUGCCAAGUUUUUUUACCACGUCCUCAAUUAUAACAUGGACGAUGUAAGCAUCAGAAAUGCCAACUGUGCCUCCUCCCGGGAGGAGAGGAAGAAGAUCAAGAUGUUCCACUUCGACCACGUCAUAUGCGACAUCCUCAAUUUUCUGAACGUACAGUACAAGGGAUCCUACACGCAUGAAAACAUUUACAAAGUGUGCUGUUCCUUUCCGUACGAAAGGCAUUUAAUUGAUUUAAUGUCAUAUGAGGAUGUCCUCUACCCGUCGCACAGACCGCUACUCUCCGCGGAGCUACGUCAGAAGCAGCUGGCCUUGAAGGGCUGGACCGUGCAUGCAAUCAAUUUUCGAGACCUGUACAACAGCGUAAAGGACAAAAACGUCAUCUGCUACAUCUUCAAUAUUGUGAAGAAGAUAAAAAAGGAUUUGAAAGAGUUGCCCGAUGAUGAGAAAAAACUGGAAGAAAAAAACUUCUGGGAAAACUUGCAGUAUGCCAACAUUUAG